AACUGUGAGACAGAAAGCUUUUACUGUGACAGAAACAUCAAAUGCAUUGCUUACUAUUCUGUGCUUUUUGUGUAUAUGAUAAUGGUCCGAGAAUACCUUCUCGGAUAAUGUUUUUUGGCAUUAGUCGCUCUACAGAGUGUUGAUUUUUAGUGGGGUGUUUUUGGUUAGUUGUGGUUAGAGUUAGAAUAUUGAACACAAUAUUCUCAAUUAAUUGUCAUAUGACGGUGUAUAACAUUUAUAUAUUUGAUAAAACUGGAAUUUUGUUGUAUUAUCAAGAAUGGAACCGAUUGAAACAAUCAGGAAUGACAAUAGAAGAGGAGGGAAAACUCAUGUAUGGCAUGCUUUUCUCCAUUAAAUCUUUUGUCAGCAAGAUAUCACCCACAGAUAUCAAAGAAGGUUUUCUUUCUUAUAAAACUUCGAAGUACACAUUGCACUUUUUUGAAACGCCUUCUGGUCUCAAAUUUGUUAUGAACACAGACAUCCAUUCACAAGGAGUUCGAGAAAUACUUCAUCAGUUGUAUAGUCAAGUAAGUGAGAGAAUAUACUCAUGUAAUUUUUUAUCGUGUCAGUAUACUUGUAUAUGUAUUGGUUAUUUUUUCUAACAAAAAAAAUUAAGG